CGAUUCUUUAUACGUCGUAUGUAUUGCGAUCGAGUGUUCGUAGACAGACUCAUAUUUCUUUGAGUGCAUUAUUAAAUACUAAACUAUAAAUAUAAAUAUAUAUUGAAAAUGAAAAAUAAAUUCAUUUCAACACUCGCAGUGGUUUUUUUUGUUACAAUUAACUUUUCACGUACUGAGGCUCGAUUGAAUGUAGAGCAAAUGAAAGAAUUCGGAAAAGCAAUUGCCAAAAGUUGUGCCUCUAAAACAGCUCUCAGUAAAGAAUUACAAGAAGCUCAUCGCAAUGGAGAAUUUCCUGAAGAUGAAGCCCUGAAGUGCUAUCUCGGUUGCUACUGUAAAAUGUCAAAAAUAUUUGAUAAAGACAAUAAUAUUGAUCUAAGUUAUGUGUUCAAACAAUUGGACGCAAUGGUAGAACUACAGUACAUAGACAGGAUGAAAAAUGUUUUUACUACUUGUAAAGCUCAAAUGACAGCUACUGAGCUUUGUCAAUUGGGAUAUGAUUACGCUAAAUGUUACCGAAAUAUGGAUGCAGGAGUAUAUACAUUCAUAUAAAUAUACUUCUUAUGCGUUCAUAUAAAUAUACUUCUAUUGCACCAGUAAUUAGUAUAUUUAUUUCUUUUUAUAAAAAAUUAUAAAUAAUUGUCUCUUGAAUAAAUUUUGUUUAGUGAAA